AUGUCUGAUCGUCUAAAAACAAACUAUUAUUGGAUUGAAUAUAAUCCACAAGAAUCAUCACAAAAUCUCUCAAGCCAAAAUGCCGUCGAUACCCCUCCAUCCUCACGCGUCGAGCUCUCCCCUUCACCCGCACAACCCACUCCCCAAAUCUUACAAACGCCCUCAGGUCUGGCAAUCCUCGAACUACAAGGCACAAUUAACCUCCCAUCCCUCGACGAUCAGGGCGCGGUUCCUCGCCCCGCCGAUGCCGAAGAUCCCAACGCUGCCAUAACCGCGUUCGAGACGCCAAUUGGCAAACUCAUGUUCCCUGACUACUCGCCGCAAACCACGUCACCAGACGACACGAAAUGGAUGAAGCGAGUCUAUCUAUAUGUUGGUCAGUAUCAGCGGAUGACGGGGGAAGUGAAAAAACUGGCGCAGCCACUCGCGUUGGUGCAGAAGCGUAAGAAGCGUCCCGACAACGACGGGAUCGCCGAGGCCGAGGGCGAGGAAUUGGAGAUUGUGGAGAUCAUCAAGUACAAGCUGCUUUUCAAGAAUCGGCCGGAGCCAAGCCAGCGUUCGAGAGCUACGAAGGACACUGAUCCUGUCCCAGGACAAGCCGAGAAGCGUCGGGACAUCUUGUCGCUAUGGCUUACAGAACGGCCUGAGAAAUUAGGGGCUUCGAUACGGGAGGCGCGGAUGUCUUACGCGAGACCGCGAGAAGGUGAUACAGAGUCUCACGUGCUUCUACCUCCUAGGUUUGAGGCAUUACCGACUCCCAACGGCCAGUAUCAGCAAUGAGGAGGCCGAUUUGCUUCAAGAAGAACUAUCUCAUCUCGAAUUCGACGCAGAGAGUGGAAGUUUGUUCUACAGAAGCUGAUCAUAUGCCAUGAUAUUAAUUGUACGAGGAUAGCAAUGAAUAAAUCCGACCUGGAUGGAUUCUCCGAGUCUCAGUCAUACCGCGUCAAGGCUAAAAUGACGCCUCCAAAACCGUUGAAAAAAGCGUCGCACUAUUAAGCAUGAGCCAAGUCUGGUUGGCUGGCUGGUUGCAGGGAUUACGGAACACCGAAAGUCUAUUAACAAUUUGUGACGAAGGGCCGGGACCGGGUCGGUGAAGCGAUAGAUAUGAUAUGAGAG